AUGGAUAAGCUACCACAGGAAAUUCUCGAAGAAGUCUUCCACUACAUUUGGACUACAGAGACACCCAUCACUGAGCGAUUAUAUAAACAUUCCAAAUCCUCCAUCCGUACGGUACUCAGUUGCCGGCUCGUCGCGCGUCGUUGGUUCGAGUCCAAGUAUCUGACACGCCUUUUUGUCAAUGUACUUUCUCAGACGCCUUUUGUAUGGUGCAACCAUCGACUCCCAGCACUUGAAGAAAUCAGCGAAACCCCAAAGUAUGCUCGUUUGUUCACCAGGAUGAUCACAAUUUGUGGUAUGGAUCUGGGUCUCGUUAGCCUUGGAGCGUCUGACCGCUGGGGUCAUGGCCGCGACGAACUCGACAGGGAGAAUCCAGUGACACAGUAUCUUGUGCACCUGCUGCGCGAAUUCAGCUGGGUAGAGCACUUUCGGUACUAUCCUAUUCAUCCAAACUGCCUCGAUGGCACCUGGCCUAAGUGGGAAGUAUCGGAAUGCGAUCGCGUUUCACUCGAGACAUGUUUCCAAGGAGGACUAGGGCGCACCGAGUACGGGUACCCAGCGCUCACUGAGGGCGAAUACUCAUGGCAGGGUGUACAGAUGGAGAGCGAAUGGAUUUUCCCCAAGAUCAUGGAGGCAGUCAAAGAAUCCCACCUCUGGUUAGAGAGUGUCGAGACUCCAUUGUUCGGCAAUAGGGCAUCGUACUGCGCAAUCUCAGGUGGAGGUGAUGAUAUGUUCGUGAGGCCUCCUCUCGACCGCGAUUUAUUCAAGUACUUCCCCUUCAGACAUCUUAAGCAUGUCGCCAUCACCAAUACCCACCACAUGGGCAUGCCAUUCUUUUGGUCUGGUGGCCUUGAACGGCUGACAAACCUUGAAUAUUUGGAGAUUACACUCUCGAGGCAUCCAGAGGAUCCAGGCCACGAAUGCGGUCCAUUAACUAUGCCGGUCAUGAUGUCGGCACCUAUACGAUAUCAACUUGAAAAGCUGGUAGAAUUCCGAUUGAUGGCAGACCACCAGCACUCGUUCGCUGAAAACGAUAUUCUACAUUUUCUGAACUUCUUUCCGAACCUGCAGUAUCUUGCACUUGGACACAUUCUACUCGCAAAUCUAUCUGGGAACUGGAGCAGUCUGCUAAACCAGCUGACGGUUUAUGACCUCGAGGAGCUAUGGUUGCUGGACCCUCGUAACCUCGUCUGCGAUCAUCCCGAACGUGUGAUUUCCCAUGGCUUCCUUGCUGAAGGUUUCCAUCACCAUUAUGACCAAUCCCAAACGACUGUUCCCACAAUCGACGAAGUGCACAAUACCGACUACCAUAUGGAGAAGUAUGUGGAAGACGAGCAUCUGUUGGUCGCAGCGCAGAAGGUUCGCCUGAUUGACACAGGGUCAUUAUGGACUGAUGAGGGUCACGCUUACCCUGGCCUAAGGAGGGAUUUUGAGUAUCCCGGCUUUUCCAUCUUCGAACAAACCGAAGAUGGUUAUUGA